GGUCGAGCUCUCAGAGGAUUCACAACCCGCUCUUCAUCAUGGCAUCAACAAGAGGAAAAACCGCACUCGCAUUCACCCGUCAAUGGCACCAAGUCGACGCAUCAGGCAGGACCCUCGGACAGCUCGCAAGUCGGAUAGCUUAUGUGUUGAUGGGGAAACAUAAACCGACUUAUGAUCCGGCAGUGGACGCCGGCGACUACGUAUCAGUAACCAACGCCACGCAAGUCCACCUCUCGGGAAAAAAAUCGGAGGAUAAAGUGUACCGACACUAUUCGGGGUUCAUGGGCGGGUUGAAGGAGGUACCUAUCGGGAGGAUGAGGGAGAGGAGAGGAGAGGAUAUAAUCAAAAAAGCAGUAUCAGGCAUGUUACCGAAAAACACCUUCCGGGACCGUCGACUGGCCCGGUUGAAGAUCACGACGGGCGAGGUGGAUCCGUACGCUUCGAACGGGUUGAAGGUUUAUACGGGCGAGGAGACGAAGUGAGGGUGAGGGUGAGAGUGAACUGGGAGUGGAGAUAGACGGGACCAUGGGGAGGGGAGAAGGGGUGCGAGGAGGAUCGAGUCGGACGAUGGGAUGCACGGGAAGUCGAGAGAGGGGGAAUGAGAGUAUCGUCAGAAUGGACUGACAUGAUUGUAAAGUAUGGUAUAGCAUUGUAUUUACAACCAACACAUUGCGUUUCGCGUUGAGUUCGCGUCCGAUUCUUUUGAUCAUCGCGGUUCACGACCUAUUCUGGCCGAUCAGAAGUGAGCGUUUCCAAGGGUUCGGGCUGUCGAGAUCUGGGCGGAGCGAUGGGCGUGAUCGAGACCAGGACGAGGUUGAGGUUCAGGCCAGUCCAGGAAGUGGGAUCGAGAUGGAGGCGGAGGGGGACGACGAACGGUCGGCGCAGAGAG